GUAGCCAUCAAGUCUACGUGUUGCACCAUCAGAGUCUUCUCCAAGAUGUUGCAGUGCACCGUCGAGAUGGUGUCUCAAGGCACGCAAGUCUCUGGACUGGACGACGACAUAGAUAGUGCCGAGCAGCAGACGCAGUAUUGUGCAAAAAGAAAAGGUGGCGCUGCCUUCUAUGGUGGACUGUGCACGAGUGUGAAAGUGGCAUGCUCCGAGGAUGUGGUGGUGAAGAGGGAGCCCGUGUGGACGACCACAGAGGCUGCAGAGAUUGACUUGGAUGUCCAGGAUGACGUAGAAGAGUACCUGGUGGAAAAAACCUCUCCACUCACAGACCGCACAGCAUCGAGGCCUUCCAGCUUUCAAGCUUCAACGACAGACAGUGAGAAGUCACAUUAGGCAUGCCACUACCACUGUAACUUCUGUGACUAUAAGACUAAUAGAGCGUCUCAUCUGAAAUCGCACACCAUGGUUCACACAGGCGAGCGGCCAUUUGUAUGCCAUUUGUGCCAUCAGUGCUUCUUGUCUAAGUCCACAUUGAAUUCUCACCUGCGCACUCACACAGGCGAGAGGCCAUUUCAGUGCCCUUCAUGCCCUCACAACUUCACGCGCAUGAGUAAUCUCAAGAGACACGUGCGCACUCACACAGGCGAGAGGCCAUUUCAGUGCCCUUCGUGCGCUCGGAGCUUUUUGCAUAAGUCCAUUUUCAAUGAUCACCUGCGCGUGCACACUGGCGAGAGGCCAUAUCAGUGCCAAUUAUGUCACGAGACCUUUAUACAUAGAAUCCAGCUCGUCAGGCACCAGUGCCACCACAAGUGAAAGUGAUAGUCACCAGUGCCGCCACAAGUGAAAGAUAUACAGGCACCAGUGCCACCACAAGUGAAAGUGAUAGUUUCUUUUUUACUUGACUGACUUUAUUUGAGUGAAUUGCAUUAACUGAAUUCUGGAGUUUUAUAUGCCAAAACCAUGAUUUGAUCAUUAGGCACGCCAUAGGGAGGGACUCCGGUUAAAUUUUGACCACCAGGGGAUCCUUAAUGUGCCCCCAAAGCGUGGAACACCGGCGUUGUUGCAGUUUGCGCCCAUCGAAAUGUGGUCACCGCAGCCGGGAUUUAUCCCACGACCUCCUGCUUAGCAGCGCAACACCAUAGCCGCUAAGCCACCGCAGCGGGUGACUUUAUUCAAGUACGUGAUUACACUUGGGAACAGAGGACAAAAGGCAGUAACGCCUGAUGGGGCCCACCCACCUGGGACAACAGUUUUCACACAAGCUGUGGCAAACAAAACGGAAGUGAUGAUGCGUUACAAAUAAACAGAGUAUAUAAAACAUACAGAAGGAAAGACACAAAACUACCAGCACACGUA